AUGAUUUCCAACGUCAUCAGAGGAGCAUUGAGACAAAACAGCAGAUUAGUCGCCAGAAAUGUGAGUCUUGUCUCCAGAGCUAGCCCUAUGAGACCACUCCAGAUGGUGAGCAUUAGAAACUACUCUGCUGGACACCACGAGGAGACUUUCGAAGAGUUCUCUAUCAGAUACGAGAAGGAGUUUGAGGAGGCUUACGAUCUCUUUGAGGUCCAGAGAGUCUUGAACAAUUGUUUCUCGUACGACUUGGUCCCAUCCCCAGCUGUGAUUGAAAAGGCUUUGAGAGCUUGCAGAAGAGUCAACGACUACGCCACUGCUGUGAGAGUCUUUGAAGGUCUGAAACACAAGGUUGAGAAUAAAGAACAAUACGAGGCUUACCUCGACGAGCUUAAGGAUGUUAGAGAAGAGUUGGGAAUUGACUUGAAGGAGGAGCUUUUCAAGGAAAAUUAA